CUCUUUUGAAAACUGAAGUGAAAUAAUUACGAAAAUAUAGUGUAAACUGUAAAUAUAAACAAGCAAACAUGGGAUUAGAAAAAUUGCCGGUAGUUUUCGUUCAGAAUUUGGGAAAAAUGUGUUUUAAAAAAGCAUUAGAUGUUCAAAAAACUGCCAGCAAACAAAUUUUAAAGAAGUUAGCGUCGAAGGACUUUGAAUCAAUAGAAAAUUGUUUAUUUUUAGUAGAACACGAACCAGUUUACACUGUUGGUAUUCGCAAUAAACAAUAUGUAAAAGAUGAAGAAAAAUUGAAAACUUUUGGUGCAGAUUUCUUAGUAACAGAUCGAGGAGGUUUAAUAACGUUUCAUGGACCUGGACAGCUGGUAGCUUAUCCUGUGAUUUAUUUAGGCCAAUUUAAUGUAAAUAAAAGCAUGAAAUUGUAUGUCAAGCAAUUAGAAAAUACAAUAAUUGGCAUUUGUCAUAACUUCGGUUUGACAGCCACUACUACGAGCGAUGUGGGAGUGUGGAUAAAUGAUAGAAAAAUAGCAGCUAUAGGCAUUCAUGGCACACGAUAUGUUACAUCUCACGGCAUAGCACUGAACUGCAAUGUUGAUUUAAACUGGUUUUCCCAUAUAGUGCCCUGCGGCCUUGAAGGGAAGGAAGUAACGUCUUUAUCGAAGGAGCUUCAGCGCGAUGUUACAAUUAAAGAAACUAUACCUCUAUUUUUGGAUUCAUUUAAAAAACAUUUUGCUUGCAAUCUUCAAUAUAAAGAUACUUGAUAAUAUUGUAUAAACAAGGAAAAUUGUAUUUUUGCUGUCUAGUCAUGUAUAAAUGUUUCAUAUAUAUAUCACUUUUCUCAAAACUUAUUUAACUUACCAUUAUUAUGAACUAUCUAACAUUCAUUCACUAUAUCAAAAGCCAUUUGCUAGUGAAGAAUACUAACUUUCUUUAAUUUAUUUAUUAAUUUUAUUUUUCAAAAUCUUGCUAU